UUUAAAGUACACAUGUUAAGAAAAAGUAAUGAAGAGUCAAGUGCCUCGUUCAAGAUCUUCUUGUGCAGCCUGCAAGGCCUUAAAGAGAAGAUGCGCCACAAAUUGCCUGUUUGCUCCGUAUUUUCGUAAGGACGAGCCAAAGAAGUUCGCCAAAGUACACAAGGUGUUCGGAGCCAGCAACAUUAGCAAGAUCCUUAAUGAGGUGUCAGACGAGCAACGUGAGGAUACAGUGAAUUCGCUUGUGUAUGAGGCUGAGGUGAGGCUGAGAGACCCCAUUUAUGGUUGCAUUGGGGCUAUAGCUUCUCUGGAGAAGAAGAUGGUUGAACUAGAGCAUGAUCUGAUGCUUGCUCGAGCUCGUCUUGCAUUUUGUGUUAAUCAGCGCACGUCAUUUUUGAAUGAGCAUGAGAAUAUGGCCCCUUGGAUUCAUGAUACUCCUGAGAGUGGUAUAGUGGAGGCCUUCAACCAGGAUCUAUUUUCCUUUAAUCAAUUUAGCCAUCUUCCAUUUCUUUAACUCUCUCUCUCUCUCUCUCUCUCUCUCUCUCUCUCCCCCCAUAUUUUAUGUUUCCAUGACAUAAAUUUAAUAUUUAAUGGAGGUCAUUUGGAUCAAAGUGAAACUUCAUUUAAUUGUGCCUGCAAAAUGGUAUGGUGGCCUUCAACCAGGAUCUAUUUUCCUUUAAUCAAUUUAGCCAUCUUCCAUUUCUUUAACUCUCUCUCUCUCUCUCUCUCCCACCCCCCAUAUUUUAUGUUUCCAUGACAUAAAUUUAAUAUUUAAUGGAGGUCAUUUGGAUCAAAGUGAAACUUCAUUUAAUUGUGCCUGCAAAAUGGUUUAUGUGAAUAUCAACCCACAGUUGCUUUUUUUUUACUUCUUAUGGUAGUCAUAGAGUUUUUUCUUUCUUGAACAUGAUCAGAUCAGAUUUUCUUAGUUUUCUUCUUCCCUAGCUUUGUUUCCAUAGGGCUCCAGAGCAGGGAAGGGAGACUUGAUUUUUAAGACCCCGAAGAAUUUCUAGUACCUGGGAUUAGACAG